CGGCGAGUAAGACAGAAAUUUGAAGGUGGUGUGGUAUAGUUUCGGCAAACAGUUUACAAAUACUCGAUUGAGUGUGAUUUUGAAUUUAAUUAUGUAAAGAAUUGUAAAGCAAGGGUUAUUGUUGAAUGUUCAUUUAAGUAUUCUAAGGGUUGUGGGUGGCAUAUAAAUGAAACUGUGGAGAGAGCUACUGGUUUUUUUUAUAUUAGGAAAUUGGGACAACAAACACAUUUGUGGUGUGGAUGUACGAACGACAGAUAAUAAGUGAAUGAGUUCUAAAUUGGUUGCAAAUUUAAUUGUUGAUCGUGUUCAUGGGCAUAGGAAAACACGUCCAACGGAAGUGGUUGCUGAUUUUUUUUCUGAUUAUGGACUCACCAUUUCUUAUGAUAAAGCAUGGGAAGGAGUUGAGAAAGCAAAAGACAUGCUUUUUGGGGACCAGUCAGUAUCGUGCCAACAAUUACGUUGGUAUGUCAAUGCAGCAAAUUGUACUAAUCCGGGUAACCAUAUUGUGUUAGAUUGUGAUCAUGAGACUAAUUGUUUCAAAAAACUGUUUGUUUCCUUUAAGGGUUGUAUUCAUGGGUUUAAUUAUUGUCAUUCACUAUUUUUUUUUUGGAUGACACAUUUUUGAAAGGCAG